AUGGAUGAGUUUGAAAAGCCCAAACCAAUCCCGGCAUAUUACUGUUGUUAUCUCCUCCGGUCGACCGUUCGACACGCCUCACUCUACAUUGGCUCGACGCCAAACCCGAUCAGACGACUCCCUCAGCACAACGGUGUCGCCAAAGGUGGGGCCAAGCGAACCGCUAGAGAUAAAUUACGCCCCUGGGAAAUGACCCUUGUCGUAGAGGGUUUCACGAGCAGAGUCGGCGCUUUGCAAUUCGAGUGGGCUUGGCAACACCCGGAAAGGUCGCGCCACCUUGAUUCCGAUGAUGACUUAGACUCCAAGCCUCAAGCUAAGGCUAAUGCCAAUGCCACUGCCAAAGCGAAGAUGGGCAAGCCGAAAUCGAAACCUAGAGCGCGAACCAGGAGAUCCCUAAUGGCGCAUUUGGAGGAUUUGCAUUCCCUGCUUCGCUCGACUUAUUUCUCCCUUGGCCAUUACGAUCGCUUGCCCGACAUGAUCAAGGUUAUUCUAGAUGGAGACAACCUUGCAACAGCCCCCGACGCCAAUCAACGGGAUGAGCAUGCACCCGUUGGGAACAUUAACAACCUAUCAAUUGACUACACCAGGCUUGAAGAUCACCUCGAAAAGUCAAUGUUCAUGCUGGACGACCCGGAUGAUCUGCAGUGCACGGUUUGUAAAGACUCGAUCUCUCCGAACGAGGAACAAAUAGUAGUGUGUCCGCAUCCGAAUUGCCGCGGCACGAGUCAUUUAUUAUGUCUAUCUACCAGAUUCCUUGACGCGAUCAAUGAACCGGACCUCCUAGUGCCUACCCAAGGGACCUGUCCACCGUGUGGAAACACCGUACAAUGGGUGACAAUGAUGCAUGAGCUAAGCCUCCGCAACAGAGCAGAGAAAGAAGCGCGCGCAAUUCUCAGAAAGAAAGAGAAGCGUGUUCGCAAAGAGUCUGCCGCCAUGGAGGGAUCUUCAGUACCUCGUUCAUCUUCAACUGAACCAAGGUCGCUGCUAGAAGAACCGACCCAAGACGACUUAGGGCCAAAUUGGUUCGAGGAAGUCGAUAUAGAAUCCGACUCUGACUUCGAGGGCCGACAGAAGAACCGCUCGACUCAACCUCCAUCAAAGCUCGAGAUCGUGAUUGAAGACAGCGACUGGGAUGACGCAGAACUCAUUGAAUGA